UGAAGCGGGACACUGGGAGCCAGCAGCUGUCUGUGAUUCAUGCAGUAAGCUGUGAGUGUGUGUAAGAGAGGGAGGCAAUAGCUCUAGUUAUAGGGUUCUGUAAUUUAGUUAUCUGACUAAACUUAAGGGCUCUAAGGUUGCUGGUAUAAAAGGGAUGUAAGGGUUGUUUUUCAUUCAUUUAGUCUUUAAUUCAAAUCUGUUUUGUUAGGAAAAAUAUUGGAUUGUUUCAUUGCUAGAUUGAGCUGUAAUUGUUGGUAUAUUUUGUGCUGAUACUCAGAGCUUGGUAAAAGUGUAAGAAUAUGGGUAGAUGAGCUGUUUGAUUAAUUGAUAAAUGUAUUUUAUGUUUUGUCGGUUUAUAACUAAAAUAUUUGACUUUUCUACUGUAUCAGGAUAUUUUAAAAGGAUAUUUUCUAUCAAUAGUUUAGUUUUUUCACCAGUCAUUAUUUAAAUUGAAGAAGGGGAAAUAAGUAGUUUUUUUGUGGGUGUUAGCCAUGCCCUUUUAAAUGCUUGACAGGACAAUAACAUCUCACACAGUCAUGCUGCUGGCUCUACCGCUGGUUCUGUGGCUUAUUUCUGGGGCCCAGUCUUCAGACCCGGCCCCAUUAACUGUCAUGUACCAAGUCUGGGAGGAGCAGCCUGUGGGCACCAGGGUUGGCCGUCUGGUCGAUGACCUGCGUCAGAGAGGCGAGACCGGGGUACUGGAGGAUUUCCAGGUCGUGGAGCAUGGUCAAGCCCUGCCUUUCUCCAUUGGAGUAAGAGAUGGAACUGUCGCCACCCUAGGCCAGCUGGACCGGGAGGAGCUGUGUCGAGGCUCGGACCUGUGUGAGCUGGCCUUCAGUGUCCUCUACAGGAAAGGUGGUGUUAUCCACUUCCUGAGGGUGCGGGUGGAGGUGAUGGACCUAAAUGACCACAGCCCAACUUUCCCCAGCAGCCAGCAGGAGAUUGAAAUCUCUGAGAUGGCCACAUUGAGGAUGCGGAUCCCCCUUGACCGAGCGGUGGACCCGGACGCCGGCCCCAAUGGUCUGCAGACCUACUCGCUGUCCGUCAACCAGCAUUUUGCCCUGGAUGUAAGGAGUGCUGUGGAUGGGCCAAAGCAGGCAGAGCUGGUGGUGAUCAAGGAGCUGGACAGGGAGGUGCAUUCCUCCUUCGAGCUGACUCUGGUGGCCUGGGACAAGGGGAAUCCUCCCAGGUCGGGCAGUACUCUGGUCCAGGUCAACGUCUUGGACUCUAACGACAACAGCCCCAUGUUUGAGGAUAGCACCCCCACUGUGGAACUAGCCGAGGAUACAGCUCGUGGGACUAGCGUCAUCAACCUCAAGGCCACGGACCCUGACCAAGGGGCCAACGGGGAGGUUGAGUACUCUCUAAGCAAGCAUGCGCCACCUGAGGUGCAUAAGCUUUUCAGUAUCCACCCCCAGAGUGGGGUAGUGACUUUAAAAGGCCCACUGGAUUAUGAAGCCAAACACUUUUAUGAGGUGGACAUCCAGGCGCGUGAUCUUGGGCCCAACGCCAUCCCCUCUCAUUGUAAACUACACAUCAAGCUAAGGGAUGUCAAUGAUAAUGCACCAAGGAUCCACGUCACUUGGACACCCCCUGAUUCCCCAGUGGCAACUGUUUUAGAAGGUGCACCAAAGGACACGUUCCUUGCACUGGUGAUGGUCUCUGAUGCAGACUCCGGGGACAACGGGAAUGUGCACGCCCACAUCCAACAUGGAUCCGGCCACUUCCGCCUCAAGAAAAUCCAUGGCGACAAUUACAUGAUCGUAACCAAUGGCACCCUGGAUCGGGAAAAGGUCAUGGAGUAUAAUCUCACGUUACUUGCCCAGGAUUACGGUGACCCUCCACUGUCAUGUGUUAGACACCUAGUUGUCCAUGUGUUGGAUGAGAAUGACAAUGCCCCUGUGUUCUCCAAGUCCCACUACAGGGCUUCCUUCAAGGAGAACAAUACCGUGGGGCUCCAGGUCCUCAAGGUAGAGGCCAAUGAUGUGGAUAUUGAGCUCAGCGGCAGGGUGUCCUUCUCCAUCCGAGAGUCCAAUGAGCUGGGACCUCCCACUGCGUCUUUCGUCAUCCACCCCACCAGUGGUGUAGUCAGCGCCCAGCAGUCAUUGGACUAUGAGGAGUCGCCCACAUACUCCUUCAUUGUGGAGGCCAUAGACCAUGGGCAGCCACCCCUCACCAGCACCGCCACGGUACUCAUCGAGAUCCAGGAUGUCAACGACAACUACCCCGUCAUCAAGGAGCCGAUGCCAAAGAAAGGCAUAGCCUUUGUGAGUGUCCCGGUCAACGAGAAGGGGGAGAUAGUGGCACAACUAGGGGAUGGUGCUGAAGAAGGCUCCACCGAUCCUCAUACUGGUCGCUCUGUCCAAAAUGGAUUUAUGGGAUUCCUGGCCACUACCAUCAAGGCUAAUGAUCCAGACUCUGGCCUGAAUGGAAGACUCAGCUACAUGAUCACAGAUGGAAACCCCACAGGACUAUUCAGACUCAAUGACACCACCGGACAACUGUAUGUUAACACGACCAAUGCUACAGAGCUCAUUGGGAAAACUUUCAAAGUGGAUAUUGCUGUAUCGGACAAGGGUUCUCCAAGGCUAUUGACAAAGGCCACCUUGGAGGUGGCUUUCAUCAACUUGCGGGACCAUUUGAAGAACUCAGCUCCUGGUAACCAUGGUCAGCUGAGUUUCACCAUGAUGGUGGCCAUCUGCCUUGGGGCCAGCUGCAUCCUGCUUCUCCUGGCGGUUGCCUUGGUGACAACCUUCUGUCGCCCCACGAAACGAGACAACCAUUCCUACAACUGCAGGACGGCCGAGUCCACCUACACGAGCCACCCUCGCCGCCCGCAGAAAAACAUCAGGAAGACAGACAUCCAGCUGGUGCCAGUCCUGAGGGGACGAAGGGAGGACCCUCCAGAAGAUGAAGCACAGCCCCUCUCCCCUAUGCUCCUGGUGGUUGAAGAGCAAAACACUGAAACGCAGUACAGCGUUGCCAACUCCAUGAACCCAAUAGUCCACUCCCAGGCCUACCCAGAGGGGGGAUCAACGCUACCAGUCUCCCAUUCCAGAACACUCAGGAAACCUGGGAGCAUCGAGCUGGACGGCACUCUUCCUUGGACCCCUGCCAUUCCUUACCGAACCCUGCGUAAGGCAAGAAACCCUUCAUCGUCCUCCUCACUGUAUCAGACCAGUACCCUGAGGCGACAUGGGAACUCUGAGAUCCAGGUUAGCCCCGACGUUGAAGUGGCAGAAACAUCGUCCCAGGUGGCAACACUUAGAAGGCCCAAGAACAACGAUACCAGAAGUGGACUUGACGCUGAAGACCACAGAAGGAUGCUGAGGAACCUGGUCCGUCUCUCCAUGGCUGCCUUCGGAGAGAACUCCAUUGAGUUGUCUGCCGCCUCUCCCGAAGUGCAGCAGGUUUCUCAGCUCCUCUCCCUGCUCCACCAGGGCCAGCUGCAGCCAAGACCAAACUUCAGAGGCAAUAAGUUCUCCCAGCGUGCUGGCAGGUCUUACGCUCAGGACACUGAUUGGCAGAGCACCAAGGACAGCGGUCAUGGUGAGAGUGAGGCCGGAGACAUGGACUGGGACAUGGGCCGAGACUCCCCCGUCGACCCGCUACUGGAGGAGGGGCUUAAUAACCUGCUCAACAACCCUGUGUUUUUCUCAAGGAAACUGAAGGAAACGGCAAGAUUCGACUUGUACCUCCAUGACGUCUUUGCUGACAUAGAGGACCCUGCGUGGAUGUCCCGCCUCUCCCUCCCCCUAACGGCCGACUACCACGAGAAUGUUUUUGUUCCCAAUGGGCCACCGUCCCCUGAAACCCAUUGCUCCCCAGACACCCUUGACUCUGCCUCCUUCUCCACCUUCGGUAAGAAGCCGGAGGAUGGCUUACUGGGCGGGGCCUUGAUCUCAGAGGUCAACACUUUGUUUAAUAUGCUCCUGACCCAGAAAGGCGACUCCCAGCCCCGCCCCUCGCCAGACGUGCUCUACAGACUGUCCGCCACCUACCGGCGCUCGCUGGGGCUGGAAGGAGAUACCGCUGCAGCAGGGGGCGCCAACAUACAAAGGAACUCUGUGAACCCCGAAAAUAGGUCCCCCCUGGUUCAAUACCCUUAGGCCCAACCCCUGGUAUGAGAACAGUUGCCUCAACAUUACUUGAUCGAUUCUUGUGUGUUUGGAUGCCUAAGACCCCCCCCCCCCCCACAAACUGAUGCAUUUUUUUACAUGUUGCUGAAAUGACUGAACUGCUCAAGCUUACAACAGCAACUCUCUUCCUUCUCCUAACAUAUCCCCAUUAGAUGUCCAAUACAUGCCUAAGCUCUGACAGCCUGCUUCCCUGUAUGAAACAGGACAAGGUCAGAAGAGGGAGAGGAGUUAACCAAAGGCCUUUAUUCAGUACUGGAAAAAAGCACAAUGUACUAUACAGUACUCCCCACAUAGAAAAGUGUCCAUUUACCUUGGGAUAAAUGUUACACAAUGAAACCGUCUUCCUCAUGUGGCACAUACUCCUCUGUAUCAUUCUGAUGCAACAAAGAUUCACUUUCUGUCUCUCGUCAGAAGUGUUUCUCAGUGGGAGCAACAACAUGGUGCUAUCCGUUGUUAGCGUUGUCCAUGGUAUGAAUGGCUGAGUUUAGCAGCCCUAAACAAAAGAGCCCAAGAAGGAAACGGCUCUCUCUCUUCUCUGAAGACAAAAACACUAACAACAUUAAGUCCUGUUCCUGAGGAGAAAUGUCUGUCACAAUGGACCUAGUCUGCCGACACUUCCUUCACCACCAUUUUGAGAAAUGUUUCCAUUAUUGAUUACUAUUUGUAUUUACUCAAGUAAAUUAUUUAGCUACUGAAAAAUGUACUAUUUACAGAGGUAUAAAUGUUUGUUUAUGUCUGUGUAGGAAACACUUACAGUACCUUCGGAAAGUGUUCAGACCCCUUGAUUUUUUCCACAUUUUCUUAUGUUACAGCCUUAUUCUAAAAUUGAUAAAAUACAACAACAAAAAGUCCCCAGCAAUCUACACGACGUACCCCAUAAUGCGUACCCCAUAAAGGAAAAACAGGUUUUUAGAAACGUUUGCAAAUCAAAUGUUUUAAAUGUUUAAAAAUCAGAAAUACCUUAUUUACAUAAGUAUUCAGACCCUUUGCUAUUUAUUAUUUGUUUAUGGAAGAGCGGCCAGACGGAAACCACCACUCAGUAAAAGGUUCAUGACAGCCGACUUGGAGUCAGCCGACUUGGUACAUGACAGCCGACACCUAAAGACUCUCAGACCAUGAGAAACACGAUUCUCUGGUCUGGUGAAACCAGGUUUGAACUCUUUGGCCUGAAUGCCAAGCGUCACGUCUGGUGGAAACCUGGCACCAUCCCCAUGGUGAAGCAUGAUGGUGGCAGCAUCAUGCUGUGGGGAUGUUUUUCAGUGGCAGGGACUGGGAGACUAGUCAGGAUCUAGACAAAGAUGAACAAAGGCAAAGUACAGAAAUCCUUAAUGAAAACCUGCUCCAGAGCGCUUAGGACCUCAGACUGGGGUGAAGGUUCACCUUCCAACAGGACACACAGCCAAGACAAUGCAGGACUGGCUUUGGGACAAGUCUCUGAAUGUCCUCUC